GUCAAUUGAGGUGGUCCAAGGGGGGAUGAACACCACUACAAGUGAUCCAGCAUGCUCCGAGGAGGAGUGGUCAGACAGGAACAUUGACAUAGGAGAGUCAGGGAAAGAUAGGGCUUUGGUUCUGGAUCAAUGUUCAUUGGUGUGGGUUGCUGUUCUUUGGUGUUCGAUGGGGUUUGUCCUGCUGUAUGGACCUGUGGAUGACCCAAUUAGGUCGAUUGAGGUGGUCCAAGGGGGGACGAACACCACUUCAAGUGAUCCGGCAUGCUCUGAGGAGGAGUGGUCAGAUGGGAACAUUGACAUAGCAGAGUUGGGGAAAGAUAGGUGUCCAAGUCAAUGUGGACAGGGGCUUCAGUUCUGGAUCAAUGUUCAUUGGUGUUUGUUUGUGUUUGUUGCUGUUCAUUGGUGUUUGAUGGGGUUCGUGCUGCUGUAUGGACCUGUGGAUGUCCAAAUUAGGUCGAUUGCAGUGGUCCUAGGGGGGACGAACACCACUUCAAGGGGUCCAGUGCACCAUGAUGGGGAGUGGUCAGACAGGAUCAUUGGUUGUAUUACCAGAUAUGCAAUUGACAUAGGAGAGUCAGGGAAUAAUGGUCAAUUGAGGUGGUCCGAGGGGGGACGAACACCACUUCAAGUGAUCCAGCAUGCUCUGAGGAGGAGUGGUCAGAUGGGAACAUUGGUGAGUCAGGCAAAGAUGGUCGACUUUGGUGGUCCUAGGGGGGACAAACACCACUUCAAGGGUCCAGCAUGCCAUGAUGGGGAGUGGUCAGACAGGAUCAUUGGUUGUAUUACAAGACAUGCAAUUGACAUAGGAGAGUCAGGCAAAGAUGGGUGUCCCAGUCAAUGUGGACAGGGGCUUUGGUUCUGGAACAGUGUUCUUCGGUCAAUUGCAAUUGAGCUAGGGGGGAUGAACACCACGUCAAGCAGCCCAGCAUGCUCCAAGGGGGAGUGGUCAGAUGGGAACAUCAGAAUACAUGCAAUAGACCUAGGAGAGUCUGGGAAAACAAGGUCAAUUGCAAUUGAUCUAGGAGGGACGAACACCACUUCAAAUGGUCCAGCAUGCCAUGAGGGAGAGUGGUCAGACAGGAACAUUGAUAUGUUAUCUGAUGGGAGUCUAGAAAAGCUGAUUAAUGCAUUCCAAACAAGUAAACAAGUGCUCCAUGUUUGUCAUGGUGGACGGACCAGGACAUGGUACUACAAGACCCAUGCAAGUGGGCCUGUAUGGAUGAACACCAUUCCAAGUGGGCCAGCAUGCUCCAAGGCAGGGAAUCUGGGAAUGAUGAUCAAUGUGCUUGAACCAGGUCCCAGGGUCUCCCAGCAUUUGGACAUGGUCUGGAUAGGGGCUUUGCAUGGUCUCAGCAGGGGUGGUCAGGCUGUCACAGUCAAUUUGGACAGGGGCCAUGGUGCUGGCUUGAUGUUUGCUGGUGUUUGCAGACAAUUUCCCAUUGGCAGCAGACUGACAUGGGCCAAAUUGUCAAGGACCAUCCAACUGCAGCCUUGGUUGAUCAUGCAGGACUGGAAGUGGUUGGCCCAACUGUCCAGUCUGGGGCCAGUGGUUGGGAAACUUUUCUUUCUGUUUACCUGUCAGCUUUGGAUCCAGUUGGAUGCAACUUGGCUGAGAGGUUCAGAGGGAAAGCCAGAGCCAACAUCUUUGGAAGAUGCCAUUCAGAGUUGGACUCUGAACCAGACCUUUGUUGAUAUAGAUUGUGGACCAUUUGGAUCACACCAGAAAGGACCCUAUGUCUCACUCCCCUCCUCUUAUCCUGGCGGUGCUAAUCCUGUAAAGUUUAGCAAGCAUGAAAGCUUGUCAGGAAUGGUUGUCCUGGAGGGCCUGAAAGUCACAAUGGAUGAUGACAAUGGUUGCAGUAUUUCUAGGUGUCAGAAUAUCCAUAAUUGUGUUACAAAGGUCCCCAUAUUUGUUUCAUCAACAUACCUGAUCCCCUCCUCAUACCCCAGGGAUGGCGAUCCAGUAACAUCAGGAGGGGGUGCCAGCUUGCUAGGGAUGGAUGUCCUGGGUGUUAUCAAUGCCACUGAAGACAAUGGAAAUGAUUUCCAGCCUCCCAGAAAUUUUUUUUCCAACUGCCAAUUUCAUUCAAAUUUCACCUGGGACAUCCCAAUGGACAUAUCUAUUGACUCCCAGCAUUAUUUCCCCCAAAUUAUGGUCGGGAGUUUACAGCUUGGAUUGGUGCCGACACCCCCCAAAAAAUUCAAUGGCAGUUACAAAGUGCUGAACAAUGUCAAACAGUGUCAAACAGCCCCCACAUCUCAGCAUGGAGCCAUUGCAGAGUCUUGGAAACUCUUGGAAACUUUCACAAAUGCAUAUGUCAUGUAUAGAAAUGGAUAUACAAAUGUCAGGACUGGUCAUGACCAAGUCCAUCUUGGCAUUCAGCAAUCACUAGACUCAGUGACCAUGUCCAACAAUGGUUUUCUGGUCAUCCUAGACCUUGGGGACAGGCAUAGGGAGCAGAAGUGCCUGGUCAGGACCAGUCCUGACCAGUCACAUCUUGCCUUUCAGCAAUCACUGGACUCCCUACCAUGUCCACCAGUGGUUUCCUGGUGUUCCUUGACCUGGGGGACAGGCAUAGGGAUCAGAAUCACCUGGUCAGGACCAGUCCUGUCCAGUCACAUCUUGCCUUUCAGCAAUCACUGGACUUGCUACCAUGUCCAGCAAUGGUUUCCUGGUCAUCCUAGACCAUGGGGGUGGGCAUAG